UUAACAGUUUUCUUGUUCUCUUUGAUGUUAGUGGGUGCUAUGAUGUAGCGACUGCGGAAAAACAAUAAGUUUGGCACAAAAACUGCUAUUAAAGUGUAUGAAAAACAUUUUCGCGCAUAAUUUUAGUACUGUGCUGCGAAAUGUAUAUGAAAUUCGUGGAAAGUUUGGCAUUUCUAAUACCUUAAAAUCGUUUUCAAUAUUUUACAUAUCCGACAUAUCUGCUCAUGAGGUGUGUUCAGUGUUGAACGUGUAAAAUUUUUGGUGGGAAAGGCCGUGUGGCUAAUCGAACAUUAUUGCCAUCCCGCUUGCUCUGUUAGUGUAAUCGGAAUUUGUAUGGGUGGAAGAAUAUACAAGGUGGAUUUUAUGCAGUGGAAAAAGCCAAAAGACGAAAGCAUAAAUGCAGAGAAGGAAACAAAUGUAAAUGAAAUGCAUCGACGCUGAAUGCGCCGCUGUUAAAACCGUAAGGAGAUUUGGUUCAUAGAAGCAGUGUGCGUUUGUAUCACUCUUCAACAUCUCCAACUCCAUAUUUAUUUUUCAAAAAAUAUCUACAAAAUUCACUGUUAUGACGUACGCGUUAACCUUCAAUCAUUGAUUAUUUGAUCAUUGUUGGUUGCGGUGUAGUACGGGUGAGCGCUUACAAAUAUCGUAACCAACCAGUAUGAAGGAGAUGGUCGGCGGAUGUUGUGUUUGUUCGGAUGAGCGUGGAUGGCCCGAAAAUCCGCUCGUCUAUUGUGAUGGUCAGAAUUGUACUGUGGCCGUGCAUCAAGCUUGUUAUGGAAUUGUAACUGUCCCGACUGGACCCUGGUAUUGUCGUAAAUGUGAAAGUCAGGAGCGUUCGGCGCGUGUACGCUGUGAAUUAUGUCCAUCGCGUGAUGGUGCACUUAAGAAGACCGAUAAUCAGGGAUGGGCGCACGUGGUGUGUGCACUCUAUAUACCGGAAGUGCGUUUCGGCAAUGUCACCACAAUGGAGCCGAUUAUUUUACAAUUGAUACCGCAGGAGCGUUACGCAAAAACUUGUUAUAUCUGCCAAGAGGCGGGAAAACCCAAUCGUGCCACUGUUGGCGCUUGCAUGCAGUGCAAUAAAUCUAAUUGCAAACAGCAAUUUCAUGUGACGUGUGCACAGAGCUUAGGACUGUUGUGCGAGGAGGCUGGCAACUACUUGGACAAUGUCAAAUAUUGUGGCUACUGCCAACACCACUAUGGAAAAUUGAAAAAAGGUGGCAAUGUGAAAACCAUACCCCCUUACAAACCCAUUACACACGACACUUCAUCCGAUUCGAGUUUGUCACCGGAGAAGGAGCUAGACGCUGCGAUGAAUGCGACCGCUUCGUCUACUUCGGCUACUAGCAUAAAAAUCACCACCAACAUGACUGCUGCUCCUACAACCAAGCAGCGCAAAUCUUCCACAGCCUCAAAGCAAUCGAACUCAUCAUCAUCGUCGUCAAAUGCGGCUGCGGCAGCCGCUUCGUCGAGCGGUUUCUCCAGCAGCUUGCACGGCAGCAAUCUCUCAAACUCCAGCACUGCGUCUGCUAAUAUGGGUUUAAGUGGUGGUGGAGGUGGGGGUGUUGGUUCUAUUAGCGGCAAUAGCAGCAGCAAUUUAACUACUAGCAACUCUACGCUGCUUGGUGGCAAUUCAAUGAGUGGCAGUGCAGGCACCAGUUCCACAUCGAAUCUGAAGAAUUCCUCAAAUAGUUCGAGUAGCUAUAAGGAAAAGGAUAAGCACAGCAAAAAUUUAAAUAAGAUAUCAAGUUCAAGUAAAGACAAGGAAAAAGAUGGUUCAUCGUCAUCGUCAUCAUCACGUGAUUCGCGUGACAAGUCAUCGAAAUCCUCCAAGAAUAAAGAUUUUUCCAAUAGCAGCAGCAAUAAUGCAAUGAGUGGUGCGUCUGCUACCAGUUCGAGCGCCACAUUAGCAACCACUUCGCUUAAUAUGACCAGUUCAAUGCAUGAUAACCACAGCCAUAGUGGCAACAUGUCAACUCAAAAUUCUGCACAAAAUCUAUCGACUUCAUCCGCAGGCUUGAGCAUGGGCAGUGGUGGCAAUUCAAAUAGCAGCAGCAGCGGCGGCAAAGAGGGCUCUAAGAUGGGCAGUGCUGCGGGCACGGUAAGCAGCAGCGGAUUUGGUGGCAGUGCUAGCAAUGCAGACUCCCAUGCUAGCGUUAUGGAUAGCAGCAGUUUUGGUGGUUCUCACAUGGAUACUUCCACUAACUUAACUGGUGGUUUGGGCUCAAACUCUGCGAACGUCGUUGGUGGCGGCAUGUCAGGUGUGGGUGGUGGCAAAAGCUCAGGCGGCUCAGUAGCUAAGAAGCGUAAAGCUGAUUCCAAAUCAAAUACCAGCAUUGCAGAUGAUAUAAAUAACCCAUUUAGAGAUAUGAUUAAAGACGUCAGUGUCACGCUAACGCCAUUAACGGAUUUCGAGAAGGAAAUCGAAAAGAGUGCGAAAAAACAAAAAACUGAGCUGAGUCCACCCGCACAUCAAACACACAACGACACAAAUAGCGCGCAAAGUGGCGGCAAUGGCGGUGGCGGCGCUAGCAACAACUGUUUCAACUCCACCUCAUCAGGUGCAGCAUCCGCUUCAAUAUCCGCCUCAAUCGCCACAUCAUCGACAGCAGCAACACUCUCCUCCUCCACCGCCUCGCACAAAUACACACUAUCGUCGGAUGCCAAAAAUGGUGGCGCAACCAAUUUAAGCAACAGCAAUGCCAUCUCGUCCGCGCCGAAUGCGCACAAAUCGGCCGCCGGCAGUGGGAAUGCCAACAACAACAGCAGCAACAACGGUGGCAAUACAGCCAACCAAAUAGGUGGCGGCAACAGCUACUCCAGCGCUAAGGAGCAGCAGCAUCAUCGCGAUGACCGUUAUGCGUCACAAGCGCAAGCAAGUACCGCCGCCGUCAAUACAGGUAAUGCGGCAGCCAAUGCGCCUAGCCUUUACGUCUCUGUGCCACUCUCCACCGCCAAUGUACCUGGAAUUAAUUUACCAACAAGUAGCGCGGCGGGUGGUGCGACAGAUCAUCAUGCGCCACCCUCACAAUCGACGCGUGCCGCAGCCGCAGCUAUAAGUCAACAGCAGCAGCAGCAACAGCAACAAGGUGGUGGUGCCACAUCGAUUGGCAUGGGCAGCAGUGGCGGCACAUCAGGUGCGCAUGCGACUGCCUCGUCAACACCACUGGGUGCUGGUAGCAACGGCGGUGGCGGCGGUGGCGGCGGCAGUUGUGGUGGCAGUGGGCUGCUAGAACGGCAAUCACCGCGCAUACACCAUCAACCGCCAGCGCUUUCCGAACAUCAUAGCAACAGUAACAGUAGUUAUUUUGCCAGUGCAGCCGCUGGCAUGUCAGCAGCUGCGCACAGCAGCGUCAUACAUCAGAGCGGUAAAUCGCCAUCGGGCAGCAUGAUGCUGAGUGCGAGCAGCAAUCCGAAUCUGAUGGCCACCACAACGGAGACCGGCAACCUGAAAAUCAGUUAUGAGAAGCAAACAACGCGUGUCAGUCAACUGCAGGAGCAGGAAACAGCACCGGUGCGAAGGAGCAGAUCACGUUCUGGCGAGAGUGGCAUGCAAGCAUUGCAAGCUCAACAUCUACAACAGCACCAUCAGCAGCAGCAGCAACAACAACAAAGCGCACAAUCACAGCAGCAGCAACAACAACAGGGGCUACCAGCACAAAAAUCUAAUUCGCGUUCAGGCAAGAAACGUGCAGCGGCCGCUGCAGCUGCGGCUGCGGCUGCUGCUGCUUUAGUGGGGGGCAAGAAUCGCGAUUCACCCGUGGAAAAAUUGUCCAAAUCAUCGGCGUCGCCCAUACAGCAGCAUUUUCGUACCGACCUAACAACACCGACACCACCACCUACCGCACCCUCACCACUCUCGCUGCCACCGCCCAGCACUCCUACGCUUACACCAACACCCACACCUACCCAUACGCCCUCACCAUCGCCGGUUGUGAUGUUGCAUGGCAGCAGCAGUAGUAAUGCAUCCAACACAACGUCUCCGACAAGGCAGAAGGGUGGGGGGGCCAACACCAAAAGUGGCACCAAUGGUAAUGGUGGUAAUGAAAACAACGGUGCGGGCGGCACAAAUACUACCGGCGGAAAUAAUGGUAGUGGUGGUGGUGGUGGUGCCACCAGUGGCACUACCAAUAUGACAGCAAAAAAUCUAACACUGCCUAGUGCAGGAACUAACUUAAUGUCAGCGUCUGCGUCUGCCUCGUCCGCCGGCCAUGAUGGUGUCGCUGGCGAUGCCACAGCCAAAUCUAGUAGCAAUAACGGUGAAGUGGUUAAUCUUAGUGCCAAUCAAAGCGGUACAAGUAGCGGGAGACGUGGCGGCGGUAAUGUUGCAUCAGGCUCUUCAACCGUUAUGACGGAAGGCACCAAUAUGGGCAGCACCGCUGGUGCGUCCAGUAAAAAUCCUAGCGAUGCGCCAGCGCCCAUGGUCGCCUCAAAUUUGAGUGGUAAACCAUUGAAUAAGAAAUUGUUGCGCGCCCAGCAAACGCUCUAUCAGCAACAGUUGGCCGCACAGCAACAACAACAACAGCAGCAACAGCAAAAACGUUCGCCUGACCCGAAAAAUGGAGGCGGUAGAAAUACUAACUCAGCCACUAGCACCACUUCCACUUCCUCUGCCAAUCCAUCCGCCUCCACUUCCACCUCCUCUUCCUCUAACGCGACCAGAGCUUCGCCUGCUAAAGCUUUAUCUAACCUAACGAAUUCUAACCUCCUAAACUCCAAUCCCUCCACUGCUUCCCCCUCAAGAAGCACCGCUACAUCUGCCGCUUUUACUAACACAAUCACCAGCAACAGUAAUAAUAAUAACAGUAGCAAUAAUAACGGUAAUAAUAAUAGCAAUAGCAAUAGCGCCACUAACACAAGCCAACUGCAAACGCAACAGCACCAGCAACAGCAACAACAACAAUCACAACAACAGCUUCAGUCACAGCAGCAACAGCAGCCCAGUGUUGCUGCUGUUGGCGGCAGCAAUAAUGAUAUCAUUGAAAUUGUGCAAUUAACCCCAUCCAACUCUUCUACUUCUACGCUAACUCAUCAUCACCAACAUCACGCACUUCAUCAUCCAUCUCAACCGAAAACAUUGCAAUCCCCUGCAAAUGCUACAACGACAUCAACAACCACUUCUACUGGUAUUCACCACAGAACGCCGGACAGCGGCAUAUACUCCUCCUCAUCAUUUGUUGCGAACAGCAGCGCCAUCUCCAAUGCUUCCUCCAGCAGCAGCAGUAGCAGCGGCGGCGGAGGCCUCAAAUUUAGCUAUGAACCUCAAUCCAGCAGCAUUGGCACGCCACCCAUCAUCGAUUCGACAGCAGCGCAUCUGCUCACAGCUGUGACCACCGCGACAGCAUCGCUAAGUGCAGUGACAGGCAACAUUACCACAACAACCUCAACCACGGCCAUCAAAGAUUCGCCACCCAGUUCACCUGGCUCUGAAAUGGGUGCUGUAGCCACGGGGCCACGUAAGCGUGGGCGCAAAGCGAAGGAUUCACACACCAAUGAGGCGAAGGUUGAUGUGAAAGUGUUCCAGAAUGGGGGGCAUGUGAUUGGUGCCACGGUUACAACCGCUGCCAUUACGACGGCAGCCAGUAGUUCGCCGUCCAGUGUGCCCAGUAGUGGUGCCGCCAUUCACACUGCCGCCCAUAUGCUGGGCAAUCAACUGAAUCCGAACAGCAAUGUGGCGCAGAAGCUCUCCGAUCAGCUACACAUGGAGAUACAGGAUCACAGCAUCUAUACUGCGGAUGCGGUAACACCCCAGUUUGUGGGUGUGCCUUUUCCCGGAAAGUCUACGGUGCGAAAUUCUACUUCGGCGCCGAAUGUAACUAAUAACAAUACGGCAGUCACUGUAACGCCCGCAACUGAAAUGGCCGGUGGUACUUCACUAGCUUCGAUGUUUGGCAGUGGCGUUAAUGGAAAUAUGGCCAUACCUCAGAGUUUGGAGCAGCUGCUCGAACGCCAAUGGGAGCAGGGCUCGCAGUUUCUCAUGGAGCAGGCCCAGCACUUUGACAUCGCUUCACUACUCUCCUGCCUACAUCAGCUGCAGCGUGAAAAUGUCCGCCUGGAGGAGCAUGUAACCAGCCUAAUAGCGCGACGAGAUCAUUUGCUGGCUGUUAAUGCACGGCUCGCAGUGCCACUAAAAACGAAUACAACGCAGAGCCAAGCCACGGCCGUAUCAUCGACAGCGGUAUUCACCAGUGUUGCUACCCUUUCGACAACCACAACAACGACGGCUGCAGGCGCAGCCACUACGAACUCUGCAAUAGCAGCUGCUUGUGCAGCAGCAGCGAUAGCAACAACUACUGCGGCGGUGAAUGCGCUUGGUGGGAACAAUCAGGGUGCGGGCGGCGGUGGUGCCGCCGGUGUCGGUGGCACAGGUAAUGCCGGCGCUGCGCUAACAACUGUGGUAACUGCCGCUGCAGCUUCGCUCGCCACCGCAGUGACCACAUCGCUCUCAGCGCUGACAGUAAAUGCGCGUUUGCCCAAUACAACUACAACGGCAGCAACGGGCUGUGGCGGCGGUACAACGACCACGAGGCUAAAUACUAGUGGUAGUGCUGGUGUUCAGCAACAACAACAACAACCACUUGCUUUGGAGAAUGGCAUCGAUUUUCGGCAGGCAAGCGCUGGUGCGGCGUCAACAGGGGCGCUCGUUGGCGCAGGCGGCGUCAGCGGCAGUGGCGUCGGGCCAUCUAUUGGCUUGAGGCAUUCCACGACCAGUUAUGUAAAUUCCUCAGCCAUGCCUUCGAUUGCAACCAGCAUGGCCGGCAACUUGCCAGCAACAUCGUUAGCAACAAUGCAUCCGAAUAGUCUCGAUGGACUCAGCAACAUGCAUACGACGGCGCCAACGACCGGCGCCUCAGCAGCAGCUGCUGUUGGUAUGUCCACAAUGACUGCCAAUCGGCUCGCACAACAACAACAACAACAGCAGCAGCAUCAGCAGCACAUGCAAUCGUUGCAUCAGCAACAGCAACAACAACAGCACCAACAUCACCAGAUGUCACUCGCCGUUGCGCAACAACAACAACAACAUCAACAUAUCGUACAAAGUGCGGCUGCUGUAGCGGCCAUGCAUCAUCAUCAGCAGCAACAGCAACAACAACAACAACAGCCCGCUCAUACACACUUGCACGCCGCUCAUCCGCUGCAUCUGGCACACACGCAUACACACCCGCACGUGCACACGCACGCUACUCAUCCUCAUCACGCACACCAAACGCAUCCCUCUGCCGCGGUUAACGUUAGCGCCGGCAUCGGUGUUGAACCGCAUCCACUUUCGGCAGUACGUAUAGGCGGGGGUGUCGGCGUCGGUGUCUGUGGCAAUGGCGGCAUUGGCAUGGUUGGCGCUCAUGCCAGCAACAACAACAAUUCGAAUAACAGCAGCAACGCCGCCGCUUCACGAGGUGGGUCAACAACCACAACAACAACAAUCCAUGCCAUCGGUAUUGGUAGUGGUGGUGGUGGUGGUGAUGGUGGUGGUGGUGGUGGUGGUGGUAAUACCACAUUACUCACAUCGGAUAGCAGCCACCCCACGUCCUCCUCCGCGUAUACUCCUCACUCGCUCUAUACUCAUCAUCAGGUAUCGCAGCUAAGACGCGACGAUAACCUAGUAAAGCCCAGCUGAAAAUCGACAGCAGCUUUAUUGGCAUUUCGCCCUAGCCGCCAGC